AUGGAAGAAGCCAAAAAUCCUCUAAACGGCGGCGAUUCAUCGCCAACGCAGGUCUCCAAAAAACCACGCAUAAGUGGCUCCAUAACAGAACACGAAAUCCGCCAAGAAUUCUCUCACCACAAUCCUAAGGUAGCGCGAAUUAACAACGGUAGCUUCGGUAGCUGUCCCGGAUCCGUACUCGCUGCUCAAAAAAACUGGCAGCUUCAGUUCCUUCAACAACCUGACGACUUCUACUUCAAUACCCUCCGUAAAGGAAUUCUCCACUCACGUACUGUCAUCAAAGACCUCAUCCAUGCUGACGACGUCGAUGAAAUCUCUCUCGUCGAUAACGCCACCACUGCUGCCGCCAUCGUGCUUCAACAAAUUGGCCGUGCCUUCGCUGAAGGUAAGUUUGCUAAAAACGAUACGGUUUUAAUGCUCCACUGUGCUUACCAAGCUGUUAAGAAAUCGAUUCAAGCUUACGUCACGCGUGCCGGGGGUUCGGUUAUUGAGGUUCAGUUACCGUUUCCUGUUAAUUCGAAUGAGGAGAUAAUUGCGGAGUUUAAGAGAGGAUUAAAGAAAGGCAAAGCUAAUGGUAAAAAUAUUAGGUUAGCGAUAAUUGAUCAUAUAACGUCGAUGCCGUGUGUUGUUAUUCCGGUUAAAGAGUUGGUUAAAAUUUGUAGAGAAGAAGGUGUGGAACAGGUCUUUGUUGACGCAGCUCAUGCUAUUGGUAGUGUUGAUAUAAAUGUUGAAGAAAUUGGGGCUGAUUUUUAUGUUAGUAACUUGCAUAAGUGGUUUUUUUGUCCGCCAUCAGUUGCUUUUCUGUAUUGCAAGAAAGCCAGUUCGGAAUUUGAUGUGCACCAUCCGGUUGUUUCUCAUGAGUAUGGAAAUGGAUUGCCGAUAGAGAGUGGGUGGAUUGGCACUAGGGAUUAUAGCUCACAGUUAGUGGUGCCGGCAGCUUUGGAGUUUGUUAAUCGGUUUCAGGAUGGUAUUCAGGGGAUAAUGAAGAGGAACCACGAGGAGGUUGUUAAAAUGGGGAAAAUGUUGGCGGAAUCAUGGAGGACAAAUCUUGGUUCUCCACCGGAGAUGUGUGCAGGAAUGAUCAUGGUUGGCUUGCCUUCGAGAUUGUGUGUUUCAAGUGAAGAUGAUGCUUUGCGGUUAAGGUCGCAUUUGCGUGAAUGUCAUGGGGUUGAGGUUCCUAUACAUUAUCAGGGUUUAAGAGAUGGCGAGGAGGAAGUGAAAGAUAAGGAUGGUGCUAUAACAGCAUAUGCAAGGAUUUCUCAUCAGGUUUAUAAUAAGUUUGAGGAUUAUUGCAGUCUUAGGGAUGCCAUAAAUGAUCUUGCUGAGAAUCGGCAGAUUUGCAGAAGUAUUUAUCCUGAUUGA